GUAUGUGUGCAUGUAAGUGUGUGUGUACGUUGACUCGGAGGGCGACAGGCGCCAUGAUAUCGAUCCUACGCAAUAUCGUGCUCGGUCCCAUGUUCCAUGGACGAACCGACGCUCGACGUGUCUCGUGUUCCACUUGCUGUGCUAUCCGGCAGACGCGAUUUAUCGUUGUUACGUGUAUGUGUACGAAGUUUAUGUACCAAAGCUCAAACAUCGUUUAGAGUAGGCUUAAGCGAACGAACCUUGGAACAAUCGUGCUCUCGAUUGUGGACGCGUGUCCUCUCUCUAUCUCUUUCUGUCUCUCCUACACGUGUAUAUCUAUGAUAAGGGUUUUAUUAAAAUGUUUCCUGGAAGAACGAUGUAUUGUUUUCGAUCAUCCGAUCCGAUUAGAUUAGAUUAGAUUAGAUCUACUGGACCGAUCGUUCGAUUACUUAGAUAAUACGUUUACCUUUGAACCAUUUGGCGAUAUCGAUAAACUUGUAAUAACCAUCGUUAAAGGAUAAUGUGGGGUAGAGCUAGCAUGGCAGCUGUGAUUCUUUUCCUCGCCUUCUUGUGCAUCUUCGUUCCUUGUCACGGAAGUAAUACGGAACUUACUCCAUCGGAUACGGAAACACCUUCUACGGAUGCAGAAGCAGAAAUAAUCUUGGAACGCGCUACUUCUUGGCUAUGGAGUCAGCGAGACAAGGAUGCUGGAUGGGGUAACGAUACUCACAGGGUGAUUUUGGUCCUUCGUUUAGGUAAUCUAUCGCGUAACGAUAACGUGGCACCACCUGCCCCAUUAGAAUUGCAACUUAGUUCAAAGGAAAUGGAAUUGGAGAUAGUCCUCUUGCUUUGGAGACAUAGGGAAGUUGGAUUUUCUCCGGUUCGUUUGGCUCGUUAUACUUUGGCCUUGAAUGCUAUGUGCAUGGAUCCGAGACAAUUUCAUGGACACGAUCUGAUCGGAACUUUGCAACAUCACGAGCCUCCGACCGAUUACGAAUUCGCACUUACAACUUUAGCUGCGUGUAGUGCUCAAGCUCACGUACGUAAACGACAAAUACGUCGUUUGUUGGACAUUGCCAAUGCUGCACAGGAUCAUAACGUUGAUACCGUGGCAAUGGUGAUAUUAGCACUGAGGUGUAUCGUUCAAGAUCAUAGACAUAGAAAUUUGCAUCACUUCGUUCGAAAACCUUCGAUCGGUUUGGCUCAACAGCAAAGAUUAGACGGUAGCUUCGGUGACCUUCACACGACAGCAUUGGUUAUGCAAGCUCUAGAAGAAGUCGAGAACGAACCUGGGGACAAUUGGAACAGAUCAGCGGCCUUAACAUGGUUGAUGAGUCAACAACGUCCGGAUGGUUCAUUCGGUGGAGAUAUUCGUGCUACAGCCGAGGCUCUUCUUGGCGUUUCACCACGUGGUCUUGCUAGUAUUCGUGCUCUCGAUUGUGGACAGGGUCUGACGGAUAGUUCACCACCUAGACUUACCACGAGCAACAUUGCAGAUGUGGCGACCUUGGAGAAUCACAGUGAGACGUUAGCAGCAACGACAACCGGAAGUAACACCAGUAAUACGGAUACUAUUAUAACUGGUACUUCGAUACCAAUCAUGGUGAACGUUUCAUAUACACUUUGGGUCGGAAGUAACGUCAACGAAACGUACAAUCUAACGGUAUCCGCACCGAAAAACGAAACCUUCUAUGGCGUGAUGCUUUUAGCCGCUGAGAUGUCACCACAUUUUCAAUUUGCUGCAUCGGAAUGGCCAAAUGGACACUAUGUUCAUACGUUGGCUGGUUAUAAAGAAGAACCUAUGUCUUAUCAUUAUUGGUUGCUCUAUCGACUGCCAACACCACCGGAUCCUUCCUCGCCACCUGGAAAUCAAUUGGUUGCACCUGGAGGUGUCGAUGAUCUACAAGUCAGCGAGGGAGAACAUUAUCUCUUUUGGUACAAGAAGCUAUGAACUGUGCGCGAGAGACUGAGAAUCGAGUAAGAAGAAACGAGGAAAGAGAGGAGAUCAGAGGAGAAAUCAAGAGAAAUAGAGAAUGUAUGAGUGUGGAAAAUAUAUAGUAUGAAUGUGUUCAUGUAUCUGUUUGUGUGUAUGUAUGUAUCUGAGAGAGAAAGAGAGAGAGAGAGAGAGAGAAACUGAUAUUUCGAAUUACUAGAGCGAGAGCCGAUAGUAUUCACUGCCAUUGCUAAACCGUAAAGCGUAUUCACCCUAAGCACGUAUUCGUGCGCAGCCGCUCGUAGUUUCAAGGACAACCCGAAGAAGACGGUAAGAAAGGAUUGGCAGUGAUUUCUGAAACUCCGUUCUAGUGACUGGAUGAUCGGGUCUGGUAGAAUCCAAUGAUUAAACGUUCCAGCAUCACAUCGGAUCGUAUACAUAUAUCAAGGAGAAACUACGCGACUCGUUAUUUAAGCUACGAAAAAUACCGUUUUCUAUGAAACUGCAAUGCACAACCAUAUUGUAUUAUGAUAUAUCGUAUUAAUUAAUAUUUAAUAAAUCCGAUACCCAUAUGUGUAAAAAAAAA